ACUCAUAAUGAUGACACCUUGGCUUUACAGCGUGACCUAGACAAACUGGGUUUAUGGGCUAAUAGGUGGCAGAUGCUGUUCAAUCCCAACAAUUGCUACAAAAUGUCUGUCUACCGGAGUAGAUCCCCAGGAGCGAAAGACUACACCCUCCACAACGAAGCCCUGGUAGCUGUUCAGCAACAUCACUAUUCAGGUGUUUUGCUGUCUAGCGAUUUACGGUGGAACUCUCAUGUGGGCAAGAAUGUCAAAAAGGGGAAUUCUACA